AUGGGCUGGUUUUCUAUGUCUACACUCCUGACUUGCCUUCUUCUUCAAGUGGUCUGGACCCAGCCCGCUCCAGAGACAACUGAAAUAGAUGUAGAUGGAGGAAUUGAUCGAGACAUCUUUGACAUCAAUGAAGCUUUAGGACUAGACCUUUUUGAGGGAGACAUCAAACUUGACGGGAUGCAGGAACGAAACUCCAUCAUUGGUGACAACUAUCGAUGGCCCCACAUUGUCCCCUACGUCCUUGAUGAUAGCCUGGAAAUGAAUGCUAAGGGACUCAUCCUCAAGGCAUUUGAACAGUAUCGACUGAAAACCUGUAUUGACUUCAAAACUUGGGAAGGGGAGAAGAAUUACAUACAUGUGUUCAAAGGAAGUGGCUGCUGGUCCUCCGUGGGAAACCGCCAAAUAGGGUUACAGCAGCUUUCCAUUGGAGCCAACUGCGACAGGAUUGGGACGAUUCAGCAUGAGUUCCUGCAUGCCCUGGGAUUCUGGCAUGAGCAGUCACGGUCUGACCGGGACGACUAUGUGUCCAUCAUCUGGGACAGGAUUCAGGCUGGUAGAGAACAUAAUUUCUUGAAAUAUAAUGAUACAACAUCAGACUCCCUCAAUGUUCCCUAUGACUAUACUUCUGUGCUGCACUACAGCAAAACUGCAUUCAGGAAUGGAACUGAACCCACAAUUGUUACUAACAUACCAGACUUCAUCGAUGUAAUAGGACAGCGAAUGGAUUUCAGUGAUUAUGAUCUCCAGAAACUGAACCGGCUGUACAAUUGCUCCUCCUCCCUAAGUUUCAUGGACACGUGCAGUUUUGAGCUUGAAAAUAUAUGUGGCAUGAUUCAAAGUUCAGAUGAUAACAGUGAUUGGCAGCGUUUGUCUCAGGUUCCUGCUGGGCCAAAUACUGAUCACACUAAUAUGGGAGAAUGCGAAGAUUAUGGGCACUUCAUGCAUUUCGACACAAGCGUCGGAGCAGAGGGAAGCACAGCUAUCCUUGAGAGCCGAAUUCUGUAUCCCAAAAGAAGCCUUCAGUGCUUACAAUUCUAUUUCUAUAAUAGUGGUCAGGAAAGUGACCGGCUAUAUGUCUGGGUCAGGGAGUAUACUUCAACCCAGCCAAAUGGUACUUUGAGACUCAUUGAAGAGAUAAAAGGUUCACCUGCAACUUAUUGGCAGCUCCAUCAUGUUUCUUUGAAUGUCACAAGUAAAUUCCGGGUUGUGUUUCAAGGUGUGAAAGGAAGUGGCUUAUCAAAUGGAGGCCUCUCCAUUGAUGACAUCAACUUGUCAGAAACUCAGUGUCCUCACCACAUCUGGCAUAUAAGAAAUUUCACAUAUCUUCUCGAUACAAGCCCAGCAGGGGCAGAAGGAAGAAUAUACAGUCCACCUUUUUACUCCAGUAAAGGAUAUGCUUUUCAGGUCAGCUUGUAUAUAAAUGGCACCACUGAUAACCCAUUUAAUUUAGCAAUGUAUUUGCACUUGAUUUCUGGAGCAAAUGAUGACCAGUUGCAAUGGCCCUGUGCGUGGCAACAAGGUACCGUGAUUCUGCUCGACCAGCAUCCUGAUAUUCGCCAACAGAUGUCAAACCAAAGAAGUAUAACAACAGACCCCCUGAAAUUAUCAGAUUCUUCAUCAACUUACUUUUGGGAUAGGCCAGAUAAAGUGGGAAACAUAACAUCUUUUCCCAAUGGAACUACAUUCAUGAGAGGUCCAGGAAGUGGAACCAGCGCAUUUUUAACGCAUCAGAGACUUAGAAGCCGCAACUUUAUUAAAGAAGACAGUGUUUAUAUUCUUUUAACAAUGGAAGAUAUAUCACAUCUCCUAUCAACUCAGCCAAGUGUUUCACCCACCACUGUUACCAAUACAUCCACUGCCAACACCAUCAAUCCUACCUCUCACACCACCACCACCACCACCCCCACCACUACAUCUACCGUGACCACAACAACCUCUAUCGUCACGACCAAAGAGCCAGGGGUAGAGGCUCCGGAUUUCUGUCCAGACAAUCCUUGUGAAAAUGAUGGUGUCUGUAUUGUUGUAGAUGGAGCACCGGUGUGCAGAUGUCCAGUAGGUGACAACUGGUGGUACAUGGGAGAAAAGUGUGAAAGGAAAGGCUCAACUCACGAAAAUACUGUAAUAGCUGUUUCUUCAACCAUAUCUGUAUUUGUUGUAAUGCUUAUUGUCACUAUCACAACUGCAGUGUGCCUUAAAAAGAAAUACAGGAAAGGAAAGGAAGCUGGAGAGAGCCUGGCUCUAGAAGCUCACAUUGUGACAGCUUGGUUACUCAUCUUGAGCUUUCCGCCUUUGGAAUUUGACGGCCAGAAUGGGGAGAAGGAUCCCUACCCCCCUUCUCAAAGCCACUUUUCACAUCAGCUCUUCAUUGUGCAGAGUGAAAAAGAACAGCAAUGCUUUACUCCGGGAAAGAAGAAAUGCUUGGAUCUGGGCAACUGGAUAAAAAUAUACUGUCAACUUUCAACAAAAAUUGAUCUUCACUGA